GUCUGCACUCUGCAUGUAAGUUGUACUAGUAGAGUCAACAGAUAUUCGAGUCACCGGUACACUAACAGACUACAGAAUACUCGGCCGGCAAGUGUCAUCUGCGCUGGGGGUCUGUAUGUACGCCCGCGCUAUUCAAACUAUUUUAUACGAAAUCGCGAUGUGCCAAAUUGCAGAAUAGUGAAUUGAUGCGAUAAUAUCUGAUAAGUUUUGAUUACAACCAUGUCGUCGAGAGUUUGUUAUAUUUGUGCAGCAUUUUUGUGUAUUUUAUUAUGUGUGAGUUGUUUUAACUUGGAGCCGAGGAUUCCUGUGAUAAAGUUGGGAGAAGCUGGUUCAUAUUUUGGAUUUUCCGUGGCUGAACACCUUACUAUAAGCGGAGAUAGAAAGUCAAGUUGGCUGUUAGUAGGAGCUCCACUUGGUCAAAACCUGCAGCCAAACACAACGAGAUCGGGUGCUCUCUGGAAAUGUCAGCUCAGUACAGCUCUAAAGGACUGCGAACAAAUUGUCACCGAUGGAAAACGAACGAAGUACGGCAAGAUAAACACCACUUUGGACUCCUUUCAUCUGUCUGCACCGCAUCCUGAUGAGAUCAAGGAUGGCCAAUGGCUUGGCGUUUCAGUUCGGAGCCAGGGUCCUGGGAAGAAAGCUGUUGUUUGCGCGCACAGAUACAUAAGAAAGUCCGGCGAGUCUCAGUUUGGACAAGGGCUCUGUUACACUCUCAGCAAUGACCUUCAACUAGUGGACGUGUGGGAGCCCUGCCGAGGGCGCUCUGUACAAAGAGAGCAUGAAGAAUUCGGCUUUUGCCAAGUUGGUACAAGCAGUUCCCUAUUAGAAGACGAUACACUAUUGCUAGGAAGUCCUGGGCCAUAUACCUGGAGAGGAACUAUAUUUACUCAAGACACAAAUGAUGACCUGAUAGAAAGAGAUCAUGUGGUUUAUAUGGCUCCAGUAGAAGAUGGAGUCAGUCCUGUUGAGAAAUAUAGUUAUUUAGGUAUGUCUGUAUCUGGUGCAAACUUUUUUGGCAAAGAGGCCUCUUUUGCUUCCGGUGCACCAAGGGCUCAUGGAACAGGACAGGUCGUUAUAUUCAGUAAAAGGGUGAUAGAUGAUUGGACCAGAACUGACGUAGACAUCCUGAACUACACUCUUCUGCUCAGCGGUGAACAAUUCGGUUCUAGCUUUGGUUAUGAAGUGUGCUCGGCUGAUGUUAAUGGGGACGGGUUACCCGAUUUAUUAGUUGGUGCUCCUUUCUAUUUCUCACGCGAUGUUGGCGGUGCCGUUUACCUUUACCUCAAUAAGAAUCACAAUUUGCCACAGCAAUACAAUCUAAAACUUACUGGAAAACCAGAAUCCCAGUUUGGAAUUGCAAUAGCGAAUACUGGUGAUUUGAAUAAAGAUGGCUGUGAAGAUGUGGCAAUAGGCAGUCCAUAUGAAGGAAAUGGUGUAGUUUAUAUACACAUGGGUGAUAGGAAGAAUGGUAUUAAAACAAAACCCGACCAGAUAAUUAAAGCUGAAUCUUUGCCAGUUGUAAUGAGGACAUUUGGAUAUUCCUUGUCUGGUGGAAUAGAUCUUGAUGCUAAUGGUUAUCCUGAUCUGUUAGUCGGCGCUUAUGAGAAUAGCAGCGUCGCGUUAAUUCGUACAAAACCGAUCAUCGACAUAAAAACAUCAAUAAGACCAUCGAAUACGAUUAUAAACAUCGAUCCAACGAUACAAGGCUGUGAAAAAGACCCUAACUCAAACCAUACAUGUUUUCAUUUCCAAGCAUGUUGUAUAAUCAAGUCAUUAGUAAGAUCGACUCAUAAUAAUAUACAUGAACUCAAUUAUGUAGUGGAGGCUGAGACCUUCCCUGGCGGCAGGAAGUAUUCAAGAGUGUUCUUCGAUUCUGAUAAAUCAAUAAUUGUUAACAAAACAAUACAUUUGGGCAAAGACGAGGAACAUUGUCGAGAACACAUUGUUUACCUGAAAAAUAAUACACGGGAUAUACAAACACCAAUCAAAUUCCAAGUGACGUAUAAAAUAGUCCACAUCCAGCCACAGUACUCCAGCAGUGGGGAGCUUCCCAACAUUGACAACUAUCCCGUGCUCAACGCCACGGCAACCACCGCCUUUAGCGCCAACUUCCUCAACGACUGCGGGUUGGACGGUGUCUGUGUUAGCGACCUCGUUGUUGAUCCAAUAUUGCAAUUACCCAAAACUGAAGAUGGCAAAGCCUACGCUCUAACUCUGGGCCAAGAAGAAGAAAUCAAGCUGUCAGUGUCUAUGGACAACCUCGGCGAGUCAGCUUAUGAAGCACAACUAUUUGUACAGCAUCACGCCAGCCUGCACUACAUAGCAGCAAAUAUCACUGGUAAGCACAUGAUAUGCACUAGUGUCAACAAAACGACUGUUGCUUGUCUUCUUGAGAAUCCAUUUAAGAAACAAGCAGAUGGAACUCCUCCAAUCACGAUAAGAUUUGACGCAAGAGCACUAGAAGACAACGAACCAUCCGUAGUAUUCUCGAUUUGGGCAAACUCUACAUCUAAGGAGAAGAAUCCAUUGACAAAGCCGAAGCAAGUUGAAGCACUUGUUAUCAAGAACGCUGAACUAUUGAUUAAAGGAGCUGCAAGACCAGAACAAGUAUUCUAUGGAGGUGAGAUGAAAGGUGAAUCCGCUAUGACUCACUUCGAUGACAUUGGAACGAGGGUGAUACACACAUAUCAAGUAUUCAAUGAAGGUCCGUGGCGUGUUUCCUCUCUGCAAGUGGUUAUAUCUUGGCCACAUCAAGUAGCCUCUGAAAAUGCUCAAGGGAAAUGGCUUUUGUAUCCCGAAGAUGUGCCUACUGUCGAUGGAGAAGGAGAUCAGAGCAAUGGCGAAUGCUUUAUCUCCGAAAGUGAAAUAAACCCAUUAAAACUUACGACAAGACCGGGAACUUUAGAACCCUAUCUGGAGAAUCUUGAAAUGGACCCAUUCCUUUCCACUGGGAAAUUAAGUGUCAGUUCGAACGAGAAAGAACGUAAUGACACGUAUAAAAGUACAACCGAAUACAAAAAAGGAAUAGAAAAUAAAAUAAGAAGGAGAAGGGAGAGUGAGAUUGUAAAAGCCGAAGCGUAUACUGACAAAGAUGGCCAAAGAAAACACGUCGUUAAUAUGAAUUGUCAAAAGAAAACAGCAAAAUGUAUUCAAUUUCAAUGUGUCAUAUAUCGACUGGGUCGGAUGCAAGCGACCACGAUAACGGUAAAAGCUCGCCUCUGGAACUCCACCUUGGUGGAAGACUAUCCUCGAGUCAGCCAUGUAAACAUCGCGUCGACAGCGUUUAUACACAUACCAGAACAUUACAAUAUUCACCAAAAUAAGCACCAUGAUGACACAGCGACGGUGGAAACAGUUGCGUAUCCUGAUCUUAAGAUUAGUGAGCCAUCUGAAGUUCCUCUAUGGGUGAUAAUCGUAUCAAUAAUAGUGGGACUUAUAGUGUUAGUGCUUCUCAUCAUAGCGUUAUGGAAACUAGGCUUCUUCAAGCGAAGCCGCCCAGAUCCAACUCUAUCUGGUAAUCUGGAGAAGAACAAUCAUGAAGCAAGUCCGUUCAUUGUUCGCGAUAGAAACAGUAUUCGGUAGCUGGCAGUGUUAAAAGGGACCAAAGUGUAAAAAAAUGUAUAGAUAAUGAUGGUUUGGACUUUCGUUAGUAGUUCUGUGACGUCAUAAUUCACCGGACGAAUUACAAUUCGAUUUACGGAACGCACAAUAUCUAUUCUAAGAAAUGGGAACAGAAUAUUUUAUUUAUUACCAUUACAGCAGUACAGUUAGGAAAAAAAUAAUACUAGAUUAUGUCUACAAUUUUACUCUUCAAUUAACUCAAAGAUUAUGUUUCAUUCAUUUACUACUGACUAUUUUGCACGCAGUACUGUCUGAAUAUAGAAAGUAAUGUGAUUAGGGAAAAUAAGAAAGCGACGCCAUUUUGGAUUAUUUUCUAAAUUAACUCGGAUUAUAUCCGAUCUGACUUCCAAACAAUGUUUCCAAAAGACUUUAUGUCAAAUACACGAGAUGGAAAGAGACAGAUAAUAGCUUGUCAGUUGCAAGUGAAUGAUCUUUUAUAUCGCUUCCCGUUGAAUUUAUACUUAUUUAUUAACCAUGCGUUAUUUGCAUUAGAAUCACCACUUUUUAUAUAUAUUUUGAGCUAGUACUAGCAGUGCCACUCAUACUAAAAUAUACUUUAAUAGUUUAUAUGUAAUGUUAAAUUCUUAUUAUUUUUAAUAUUCUCCUUUCCCAUGAAUUAGACAAUCUUAGUCUUAAAAUAUUCAACAUAAUUUAAACUUAUAUUGUUAAUGGCAAACAACAAAAUCUUGUUUGGAAAACCCACACCUGAAUACAUUUUACUUUACAAAAUAUAACGUAUAGUAAUAAAGGAAUAGGUAAAUAUUCAAUAUAUCUUACAAACGAAAAUGGUAGUAAUUUCGUGUUGGAUGGUUCACGAAACAUUAAUAAUUAAUAAAACAUAAAUAGGUUAUAACUGUAAAGUUGCAACCAUAAUUAUUGUGAACUUGUAGCUAUGUAAUAUGUAUAUCAUUGGACUGUGAUGUCUUCGAAGAGAAAUUAUGUGUAAGUAUGUUAUGAUAACGAAGCACAAAGUUUUGUUGAAGUUGUAUGCGCCUUUUGAAAGGCAUAUAUCUGUUGUUUUAUUUUGCAUUUACGUAUAGUAAAUGUUUCUGUAAAUAAUACUUGCCUUAUUUAUGAAAUAUAUUAAGAUUAACGACUAGAUUUUUUUAACUAGUCAAUAUUUAGGAAUAACGCGGAUACUGUUAAAUAAAGUGAUGUUUAUUGUUCGUAAUUAUACUUAAUUGUCGUCUACUUAAAGUCUACUAAUUUCAUUAGUAUUUAUUAUUUAUAAAAUUGUUAUAAAAAUAUUAUACUUAACAUUUUCGCAAGUUAAUUAUUUUUCUACAAGAACGUAUACUAACGUGCAGUGACGGAUUAACCCUUAAUCAAAUUAAGCAAUUGCCUAGGGCAUCACGUCUGAGGGGGCACCAGAAGAAGCACAAAUAAAUCUGUCCUAUGGGCAACACGUCUCCCUCUCACGUCACCAAAAACCACACCAAAAAAAGUUUCUAGGACUAAAUUGAAAAUUCUCGCGUUUCAAGUUGACAUAGAGUCCGACCUAGAGUCAUCAUCUUAUUUUACAAAAAAAACAAAUGUUUUUAGGCGGUAAAGGUUUAAAGACCGAUUCUAGUUGACAUACGGAUAGGGGGGCCCACAGGCAUGGAUUGCAUAUGGCAUCAAGUAGUCUUAAUCCGUCACUGCUAACGUGCCUGCUACUUUGUGGUGUCCACGUUGCGUCGAGUAUGCUGUGAAGAAGAAGAAUAGAAGACUAGAAUACUAAGUUUAUGAUCGUAACUUAUGACGUAUUCUCAGGCUAAUCACGUGAUACAUCUGUCACGAAAGAGAAUGAGAAUACUGGGCGUAGUAUAUUAAUAAACUAUUUUUUCUAUUAACGUGCGCAAAGUUCGAUUUUGCGCAUGCAUUUGCGUUCGCAAAGUACCACACGUUGACAAGAGCGUGCGGGAAUGUGGUGAGCGUACGGGAAUGUUUGAAAAUAAUUAUAGUGGUUGAAAUUUGCGCAAGUUAAUAGGAAAAAUAGUAAACGAUACUCGUGCGUACGUAGGUCAUCCUACACUCGCUUCGCUCGUGCGGAAACGACCUACUUUGCGCACUUGUAUCGUAAUGUACUAUUUUGCCACUGCACAACUAAUCGCAAAAUCGUCGGAGUGAACUGUAAGUUUGACGGGGAUUAUACAUUUAAAUUGUUGGGUCCAUUUUUAUAACGCACUUAGUUGUGGAAGUUUUUUACAAUUCAGAACGUUAAGUUGAUGUUACUGUUUGAAUAAAUUUUGCUGUUUCACUUGUAGAAUAGUUGUAAGUACAAAAUAUUUUGUAAAAAUGAUGUUAGUACUUAACCCUCUAAAAGGUGAAAAUAGGUAUUUUGUAAAAACACACGAAUAUAUUGUUAGAAUAAAUGUUCUGUACAAACUUAUGUUAGAUUUGAUAAAAUGUAAAGUAGCAUUUUUUAAGUAUUUUAUUAUACUCUUAAAUAUGGAAAAAUUCCUAGCGAACAUAGUGUGUAAGAAAUAAAACAUUGUAAAUAGUAUUAGUAUUUAUAUUAGAUUUUGUACUUAAAUAUUAUAUUGUUACACUAUACCACGUUUGCAACUUAUACCAAUAGGUGUCGCUGCCAGGAUGUGUAAAAGAAAAUGACCGGUUGUGAAUUCCUCACAAUAUUUGAUUGUAAAGAUCGCUUGCACAUAUUAUAGGUACAAUUAAAUCAGAAUGGUGCCAU